CACUCGCCUCUGCACUAUUCCAACUGCACGGGGACCAAGAAGGCGCUGUUGAUUGGGAUCAAUUAUAUCGGUCAGAAGCGGGAGUUGAAGGGAUGCGUUAAUGAUGCGAGGAAGAUUCGGGAGUUUUUGAUUAAACACUGGGGCUAUAAACCCGAGGACAUUGUUCUCCUCAUGGAUGAGACGACGCACCCGCGACGGGUACCCACCAAGAAGAACAUGCUCGAUGGCAUGAAGUGGCUCGUCAAGGGCGCGCAGCCACACGAUUCGUUAUUCUUCCACUACUCAGGCCAUGGAGGCCAAGUCCCAGAUAAGGAUGGCGACGAAGUCGACGGGAUGGACGAUGUGAUCUACCCGGUGGAUUUUCAGAAGGCGGGGAUUAUUCUUGAUGAUGAGAUGCAUAAGAUUAUGGUAAAGUCGCUCCCGGCGCAGUGUCGGUUGACUGCUAUAUACGACUCGUGUCACUCCGGCACUGUUCUCGACCUUCCUUAUAUUUAUCAUCACGAUGGGCGCCUCAAGGGCUCUCAAGUCACGCCUGAGUGGCGCGAGUAUAAGAGCUCGCCAGCUGAUGUCAUCUCGUUUACCGGGUGUCGCGACGACCAGACGAGCGCAGAUACGACCCAGGGAGGGGACGCUGUCGGGGCUAUGAGCUGGGCGUUCAGGGAGUCCCUAUCCGAGAACAAGGACCAGAGUUACCAGGACCUUCUCAACUCUGUCCGAGGCCUGCUGAAGGAUAAUUACAAGCAGACGCCGCAGCUGUCAAGCUCGCACCGUAUUGUACGUUCUCUUCGCUACCAUAUUCCCCGUCCUUCUUCUUUCCAGCAUCCUUGCGGCAAAGCUGACAGGACACUGUGCAUACAGCAUACCACGCUUCGUUUUAUUAUGUGA